AUGGGUACCAAACCUCAUGUUCUGGUCCUCAUUUUGCCUGUACAAGGCCACAUUAACCCUCUGCUACAAUUUUCCAAAAUCAUAGCUUCUAGAGGUAUCAAAGUCACAGUAGUCUUUGAAAGUUCCAUAGAGACUACUUUUCAAGCAGAUAAUCAAUCAGAAUUGAUCAAAUUUGAGUGCAUGACUGAAAUAAUUGACCAAGAAAAUGUACCUGAAAAUUCAGCCCCUGACGCAUGGAUCGAAAUUGCCAAGGUUAAAGUUUUGGAACAGCUGCCUUUGAUUUUGGAGAACAAAGCCUCUUCUGGUGAGCCUGUGAAUGUUCUUGUGUACGAUUCACUCCCACAUUACGCUUGUGAUAUCGCAAAGCAGUUUGGCAUUCAGGCAGCUGCAUUUUUCACUCACUCUGCUACAGUUUCUGCCAUAUAUCACCAUCUACAUGAAGGAACACUCAAAUUUCCUUCGAAAGAAGAACCAAUUACAAUAUCACUGCCUUCGUUGCCGUAUGUAUUUAAGCCAAAAGAUUUACCUUCAUAUGUUUAUGACAGCUGA